AUGUCUCCCUCUGCUUCCGUCGUUGUUGCACCUAUCACUGUCGGUGAAGAUGACGUGACGAUAACAUGGCAAGUCAUGUACAAGGGAAAGUUCUUCACGCUAGCUGAUACUACAAGAUCGUUGGACACAAAGAACGGGUGGUUCACCGAUGAGCUUGAGGACAAGUGUAACCGCAAGCUUGUAGGCGACGUCAAGCCGAGUUUUAACGGUGAAGUUCUUGAGAAGAUUGGAUUUUCGAUAGUGGACUCAGAUGGCUGGGGAUCUCUGUUACUUGAUGGGUUUCUGAGAUAUCUUCAGCGGUUUUUAUUGGAAUAG